AUGUCUGACUUCGAUUUGCAAGCUCCAGCUGCUUUUGACCCUUUUGCUGAGGCAAAUGCUGAGAACUCGGGUGCUGGGUCAAAGGAUUAUGUGCACAUCCGUGUCCAGCAACGAAAUGGUAGGAAAAGCUUGACGACUGUGCAAGGUCUUAAGAAAGAGUACCGUUCUCAGGUGAGGCAAAGGGAAGCGGUUGUGAGGGGCGGUGCGGCACGCCGGAUGCGGAGAAGACCUGCUGGUGCUUCUUCUUCUGGCGCUAGCUCAUCCUCGGCUGCCGCUGCUGUUGAAGAAAAAGAUGAUGAGAGUGAUAAUGAAGAUGCUGGUGAGAACGGUUACUAUGCUGCUAAAGGUUCGAAGAAAAAGGAAAAGAAAAGGCAAGAGCGUGAAGCUCAGCGGCAGGCUGAUGAGGCAGCCCGUGAGUCUAGACGAACAAAACAAGAUCGCUAUGAAGAGAUGAGGAGGAGGAAGGAUGAGGAACGAGAAGCUCUUGAGCUUAAGCUGGAAGAAGAAGCCAAAGCUCGGAAAGCUAAGGAGGAAGAAGCUGCUGCCCUAGAAUUUGAAAAAUGGAAAGGAGAGUUUUCAAUUGAUGAAGAGGGUACAACAGCAAAUGAAACUGAAGAUGGAAACCAGGAUUUACUUUCAGGUUUUGUGGAUUACAUUAAGAAUCAGAAAUGCAUUCCUUUGGAAGAUCUUGCUGCAGAGUUCAAAUUAAGAACUCAGGAAUGUAUUAAUCGGAUCACUACUCUGGAGGACAUGGGAAGAUUAUCUGGAGUCAUGGAUGAUAGGGGCAAAUACAUAUACAUUUCACAAGAAGAGAUGAAUGCUGUUGCCGAUUAUAUUAAGCACCAAGGUCGAGUCAGUAUCUCACAUUUAGCCAGCAAGUCCAACCAGUUCAUAGAUUUGGAGCCAAAAUCCCAGUUUGUAGCUGACAUGAGUGGUGCAGAUGAAAUAGCGGUUGCUUGA